CUCUAACAGAAUCUAUAACACAUCAUUUUACCAUCACAGAAACACAUGCAUUUCCUGCAACCUCUUUUCCACGUGUCACCUUUUCCAUACACUUUCUCUGUCGCUGCACCUUCAACCCCUGAAUUCUAUGCUGUACCGGUCCCCACGUAAGCUUACUCUGCACCUGCAAAACUCAAGAAUUUAAUCAAUUUCUCUGCAUUUUCUUAAUUGGGUUUUUGAGUAAGAACAUAAAAGGCGAAAGGGUACUUAAAUUUAUAAAAAAAGUUUGGAUUUUUAACAAUUAUAGUUAUGUGGGUAUGUGGAGAGUUUGCUUUAUAGAGUCAGCAUUCAGGAAAAAAGUUUUCUUUUUAAGUUUCAAUUUUUUUUAUAGAAACUGAGCUGGUGGGUACUUCAAAAAUUCAAUUUUUUUAGUUUGGUUUUGAGUUUUUGUUUAAAAAUUUAUUAAUUUUGGAUGCUGGGUUGUCUUUAUUUUUUUAAUUUUUUAAGUUGGGUUUAGAUUAUUAUUAUUAAGGAUUCCAGUUCAUGUCUUGUCGCUAAAAACGCGUUUUGGUAAGCUUUUGUUGAACGUGGCGGUGUUCUUGGUGGGUGGUAUCUUAAUCAGAUCUCAGACAUUCUUGCUGUGUUGUUCAAGUUGGAAGAUUUUGCUGGUUGACUCUGUGAUUAGUUGAAUUCAGUGACAUAGAUUGAGUUGGAGUAAGUAUAAGCUUAAGUUGUUGAGGUUUAUGCUGGUGUAAUAUGCUUUUGAGGCAAGUGGUUUGGUUGGUUUGGAGUUGUUGAUCUUGGAAUUUAAGGGGUUCAAGUGGGUAUGAUGGCUUCCGGGGAAGGGAGGAGGCGGCGUGAUAAUCUUGUGCCUCUGGCUGCUUUGAUUAGCAGAGAGAUGAAGAAUGAGAAGAUGGAGAAACCAACUGUGAGAUAUGGUUCAGCAGCUCAGUCUAAGAAAGGUGAAGAUUAUUUCCUGAUUAAGACUGACUCUCAACGCGUAUCGGGGAAUCCCUCAUCCGCCUUUUCCGUGUUUGCGGUCUUUGAUGGGCACAAUGGAAAUGCUGCGGCCAUUUAUACUAAGGAGAAUCUUUUGAAUUAUGUUUUGGGUGCCAUUCCUCGCGGUCUUGGACGGGAGGAAUGGAUUCAAGCCUUACCUCGAGCAUUAGUUGCUGGCUUUGUGAAGACUGACAAGGAGUUCCAGAGUAGAGGAGAAACAUCGGGUACUACAGUAACAUUCGUUAUAGUUGAUGGAUGGACAGUUACUGUUGCAUCAGUUGGAGACUCACGUUGUAUUCUAGAUGCUCAGGGUAGUGGUGUUUCCACGCUAACUGUAGAUCAUAGACUUGAGGAGAAUGUAGAAGAAAGAGAACGCGUGACUGCAAGUGGUGGGGAAGUUGGAAGGCUUAGCAUUGUUGGUGGAGUUGAGAUUGGUCCACUCCGUUGUUGGCCAGGAGGCUUAUGUCUCUCCAGGUCAAUUGGGGACAUGGAUGUUGGAGAGUUCAUAGUUCCAGUUCCCUAUGUCAAGCAAGUAAAGCUGUCAAAUGCAGGUGGUAGGCUUAUAAUUGCUUCUGAUGGAAUCUGGGAUGCUCUUUCCUCAGAAAUGGUAGCAAAAUCUUGCCGCGGAUUGCCAGCAGAACUUGCUGCUAGACAAGUUGUGAAGGAAGCAUUACGGACAAGAGGACUAAAGGAUGAUACAACCUGCAUAGUUGUUGACGUAAUUCCUCCAGAGAUUGCAAUACAGCCUUCAACUCCACCCAAGAAACAGAAUAAGCUAAAGGCCUUACUGUUCAGGAAAAAAUCACACGAUGCUGCUAAUAGACUAGCUAAAAAGCUUUCUGCUGUAGGCAUUGUUGAAGAAUUAUUUGAAGAAGGGUCAGCCAUGCUUGCCGAGAGACUGGGGAACGAUGAAUCGACGACGCAAUCCGGACUUUUUACAUGUGCUGUAUGUCAAAUUGACCUUGGUUCUAGGGAGGGGAUAUCGGUCCAUGCCGGUUCAAUAUUUUCGACCAGCUCAAAGCCUUGGCAAGGGCCUUUCCUCUGUGCCGAUUGUCGCGAUAAGAAGGAUGCCAUGGAAGGAAAACGCCCCAGUGGAGUUAAAGUGGCAUAAGCAUAACUCUUCAUUUUUUUAUCUCUUAAUUUAUUUUUUGUAAACCCCAUUUUUCUAGGAAUAUCAGACAGUAUUAUAUGAUGCCACAAAAAUGUAAAUGUAAUCCAAUAAUGUGAAAUGUGUUUUAGCAUUUAAGUCA